CUCAAUGGAGCAAUUGCCAAUCCUAAACGCAGUCAUCUUUAACAUGUUGUUAUUCAACGAAAAAAACCUCUAUUAAUGUGAGCAGUUGAUUUUAAACAUUAUUUUGGCAGAUUGAUACGUGUUUGACGUAACGAAGCCGCGUUCAUGGUGGUCACGUGAUUUUUGGCUCGUGCCAUCCUAUCCAGCCGUUGGUGUCGAAUAGAGUAGUGUUCUUCGAGUGUAACAUCACUAGCUAGCAGAUAGAAAUACAAUGGAUUUCAACGUGAAGAAAUUAGCCUCCGGUGCUGGGCUGUUUUUCACGCGAGCUGUCCAGUUCACAGAGGAGAAGUUGGGUCAAGCGGAGAAGACUGAGUUGGACGCUCACUUUGAGAACCUGAUGAGCCGUGCAGACUGCACCAAAAACUGGACUGAGAAAAUAUACAGACAGACUGAGAUCCUGCUGCAGCCCAACCCAAUUGAUCACACUGGUGCCAGAAUUGAGGAGUUUCUGUAUGAAAAGUUGGACAGGAAGGCACCAUCCAGAAUCACCAACGGAGAGCUGCUGGGUCAAUAUAUGCAGGACGCAGCAAAAGAGUUCGGUCCAGGAACUCCAUAUGGGAGUACAUUGAUAGAGGUGGGGGAAUGUGAGAGGAGAUUAGGAGCUGCAGAGAGGGAGUUCCUUCAGACAUCAGCUAUCAGCUUUCUUACCCCACUCAGGAAUUUUCUGGAAGGAGACUGGAGGACCAUUUCAAAAGAACGGCGCCUCUUGGAGAAUCUUCGUCUGGACCUGGAUGCCUGUAAAACACGUCUGAAGAAGGCCAAGGUGGCUGAGGCUAAGGCUGCGAUGGCUCCAGAUUUUCACGAGACCAGACCACGCAACUAUGUGCUUUCUGCCAGCGCCUCUGCGCUUUGGAGUGAGGAAGUGGAAAAAGCUGAACAUGAGCUCCGAGUGGCCCAGACAGAGUUUGAUCGACAAGCAGAGGUUACACGGCUGCUUUUGGAAGGCAUCAGUAGUACACAUGUGAACCACCUGCGUUGCCUGCAUGAGUUUGUGGAGGCCCAAGCAGCUUACUAUAAACGGUGUCAUCACCACAUGCAAGAGCUACAGAAAGAGCUGGGAAGGCUUCCCAAUGCUUUUGCACUGAAUUCCACUCACUCCGUGGCAACUGCUGGCUCUGCAUCAGAGGGCGUUAGCAGCCCUGUGGAAACAGACACACUGAAGAUUGAGGAAGUUCAGGCACCAGCUACAGGAACCCGCAAGGCAAAAGUCCUUUAUGAUUAUGAUGCUGCUGACUCCAGUGAGCUCUCUCUUUUAGCUGAUGAGCUCAUUACAGUUUACACAGUGCCGGGAAUGGACUCUGACUGGCUGGUUGGAGAGAGAGGAAACCAGAAAGGAAAAGUGCCUGUCACAUACCUGGAGCUUCUCAGCUAAAGAACAUACACACAUGCAUGAGUGUGAGUGGGUACUACUAAAGCCAUGAGGAUAUGUCUUUGACUGAAAUUGUUUUCACACUCCUACACUAACUUGUAACCUUCAGUGGCACUCCCCCACAGUAAGCAUUAGCAAACUCACCCAUGUGCUUCUCAGAACACAAUGAAGUAUAUUCAGAUGACACUGACAGCAGUGAUAUGGAGACAUGUUACAGUGAGGGGGAUGGUCAAUGUUCUUUUUAGAUUUCUUUACAUGAUUAUAUAUUUUUUUCCUAUUUAUGGUUGUGCAUCCCAAAGGUUCCAGUGUAUGAAGUUUAGCUGCGUUUAAGAGGGAUUUAUAACCAAAUGAUGUUGUUUAUUUAAUUACAAUUAUAAGCGUCUCUCUUGUCUCCUAAAUCUGCCUUUGUUCAUAAAUGUUUUGCCGAACUCUGAUGAACACAGAUUCAGGAGUUGUGUGUGCCUCUAAAAUGUGAAUUCACUAUGAUGUCCGGAAAUGUCUUAUAUUAUUUCUGUUGAAUUGUGUCUCAAGGUUACAAGUAUAUGUUGCACUGAUCUGUCUCUGAGUGGGGAAAUAAUUGAUGAGUUUGUCUUCAGAAGGCAGCAGUACAGAUAAAACAGCCAUGCAAUAACAAGGCCUCUUGCAUUCUACUAGUUAAAAGUCUUGUCUUUGAGUUAAGUCACUAAGUACAAUUAAUUUCUGUAUCACAGAUAACCCACAUUGAUGAAAAAAAAGUUUAAACAAAUGUGGGCAAAGACAUCGCAAAUGAUUGUGACCACACUAUGACAGACAGGUCACUAUGUUGUGUUGACAUAUGACAUGACACAAGAUUUCCUGUAAUUACCAGCCAUGGACGAGGAAAGCCAUUCAUGCCACAUUACAGUUUCUUUUAGAUCCAUAAAUAUAAAUGAAAGAUGUUCUGCGUCUUCCAAUAUGACAUGAAGAGAAUUGCAUUUCAUGUAUAGCAUCUCUGUGUUGUAUUCAUAGUGAAAGUAUUAGAUACACUGAAAAUGAAAAUGUUUUUACAUUUUCAUUUUCCAUCUGAUAUGUUGAGUCAGUUGGAAUAAAUUGAAAACUAUAUUCAGUUAUGAAAUAUAUAGCGACAGGAAACAUACAAACAAGUUUAUACCUUAUCAUGAUGUGUAAUGUAAUGUAUCAUACCUUUGUACCUUAACAUAAUGUAAUGCAUUCGCAAGACACAUCUGGUUAUUGAAUUGUACAUGUUGGCUCAACAUGAACGUUUCCUAUAAUGCAACCUUACAAUUGAACUUCACAAUAGCAUUUGAUGGAAGAUUUACUCGUAAUUAAAAUACUUAAAGCAACAUUAUGUAGUCAUUCGUAUCCCAUGCAAUUUGGUGCCCCCCAUGGUUUGAUGGGUGCAACACAACUGUUGUAAAUACAAAUCCUAAGUUUUGGUAACAAGUUUUGAGAAGCAUUUUUGCCAUGCAACAGUCAGAGUUUGCACAAGCGCUGCACACAACUCUGAACAGUAACAGCAUGUACUGUCAUCUGAAACAGAGACAACAACGUUAGGCUGUAAAAUCUGGUAAAACCUCUGUCGAAAUGGGCUGACUCAUUCAAAAACUAGCAAGUUAACAAUUUAGCAAACACAACUAAACAUCAAGCAAAUGCAACGAGACAUGUAACCUAGCCACUACCUAAUAUUAUUUAGACUUCAACAGCAACAAGUCCAGUUCACCGUGUGUCUGCUGCCUUUUAUUUAGAGACGUUGUCUUCAACAUCCAAAAGACAGUCUGAACCCUUGUCUGAGACCGUCCCUUCUUAGUUUCCUCUGGUCUCUUGAUUUCUGUCACGAUGUCCAUAGAGGCUACUGAGCUCUGUUCCAUCACCUGCUCACCCAGCUCCAGUCUUAGUGUCCCUUCCAGCACCAUCCUUGUAAACCCUCUCCUCCCGCCAGUUCAAAGCUGCCAUGGUAACGUAAACACAUACGCUUUCCAGCCGUGCUCUGAAAAUCUGAAGAAAUUCUGCUGUCCAUAUUUGAAAAGUGAGUCUGUUCCAAAGUUUCAGCGCUUCUAUGGAGAAAGGCCUAGCUGUACUGUAUGGGGGUGGAUGUUCUGUAAUGUAGCUCAGGGCUUGACAUGCAGCAAAGGGCCACAGUCGGACUUGAACCCUGGGCCUCUGUACAUGAUUUUGAAGCUGUUGUUCUAAGAAAAAAGCAGUUACAUAUUGUUGCUUUAAAGUCACUGUUUUAACCUUUUUUUCGUGUGCGUAUGACAAACACCUUCCACCGAAGAACAAUAACUGUCAAACAGCAAAUAACGUUUUUAUGGCUCUUCUGUCAUCCUUACUCUGGGAAGAAGAUUUGCCUUAACUGCUAAUCAAAAUGAAUGUAACUCCUGUUAUUUUAAGGACACUUGGAGGGAAUAUAACUCGCAACAGUUCCGCUUGAUUGAUACAUAUUUUUUCGGGCCUCCAGUGACUUUGAAGAUGUCCAUCUGAACAACAUGAGCACCUACACAGCAAGUAAACGUGACGACAGGAAUGAACUGCUAAGGCCAUCUUUUGCAGAGAAUGUGCUUUUCACAACAAAAUGUCCAGAGUUUUAAUAUACACCACAUAUGGCAUGCAAGACUGUAACUCCUUCUAAUCACGUGUGUUUGUGUGACUUUGGUUUACCCUUGAGUGUUUUCAUGACAUUCCGGUUUGUUGCUGUUAUGUCUGUUGCCACUUUAAAGUGUCUUCAGUCUUUGUGUUGCAUGUGCUACAGCUAGUAGCCUGUCCUGCUGGACAUGUGUGUAUGUAUACAAGUAUGAUGUAGCUACGUCCGUUUGUGUGAGAUCUGCUGCACCAAAACCUUUGCACAAGAACUAAUGUGCUCUCCUACAUCCAGUAUGUACAUGCAUGUAGUCUGUCUGUUUUUUGUGAAAUGUGCACAAAGUUUGGAAAUACCAAAAUCUCCCAGCAGAAGAGAACUGAAUCAACAUGAGACUCAAGCUAAUUGUUCUAUCACUUGCAGUCAGUGAGAGAGGCAGGUGAGAAUGAGGUCUGAUGAUUGUUGUUGGCAGGUGCAUGUAGUCCACAUCAUGUCUACAGCGCUCUUGUGCUCAUGUCACAAAUGUUCUGGGAUUCCUUGAUUUUUUUUUUUUUUUCAAUAUUGUUUUUAUUACUGCUGUUGUGAUUCUGUUGUACCUCAUCUUGUAUUAUUAUUUUAUUAAGAUUAGCUUGCCUGUUCCUUAACCAAGCUGAGUGAGUGAAAUGUUUGGGAUUUAAUAAAAGUCAGAUUUAUUUGA